AUGGGGUUGGAAUCGGUUGGAGAUUUAGCGAUUAACGUGAUUCUCAACAAGUUGGGAGCCAAAGACAUUGCCAGAGUCGCGUGUGCCAGCAAAAGGUUUAGGUCUUCUGCUUCCGAUGACACUCUUUGGAGCAAUCUCUGCUUCCAUGAACUCGCUUUGAACCAACCCGUCGAUCAUCUCGGAAACCCUCUCCCUUCCUUCAAGGAAUGUUAUCAAGCAUGGAGAGAAGCUUUUGGUAUGUAUCCUUGGUCUCUUGUUAAACGGGUGAAAAGGUGCUGGGAUAGAAUAAAAACCUGGUUGACCAAUAAUUUUCCUGAAGCUGAGGCCACCCUUUGUAAAGGGGCAACUGAAGCUGACAUUCAGAUGUUGGAGAAUAUGUUAAAGGUGGAGUUGCCACUUCCUACAAGGAUCCUUUAUCGUUUUCAUAAUGGGCAAGAAAUCGUAAAAGCAAAUCUAGAAACUAGUACAUUUGGAAGUUCUUUGGGUCUAAUUGGUGGCUACUCCUUAUAUAAUCAUUUGGUGAAUGUUUAUCUAUUACCUAUACAUCAGAUAAUCCUAGAAACACAGCAUAUUAGGGAUCGCUUGAGCUUUUUUAGAAGAUCCAAGUUUGUUCUUGUGGCUGCUUCAUCCACACUCCGUAGAAAGAUGUUUUUCCUCAACUGUUCCAAUGGUCAACUAUAUGUUGGAACCAAGCUACUUCGUACUGAAAGAGACAUAAUCCCUUGUGUACCUCAAGAUUUGAUAAGUUUACAUCAGGAAUCAAAUGGUGACGAGCAACAAGAUGCCAUGCUACUGUGGUUGGAAGAACAUGGUCGCCGUUUAGAGCAUGGCUUCAUCAAACUUUCUGAUGAAGGAAAUGGCAGAAGCAUUAAUCUUUUCCCAGAUGAACCCCCUAUCUGUUCAACGGCUGUUACUAAUGGUGUGAAGGUUCGUGCUUCUGCAUUGAUUAUCCCUGAGUUUAUAGAUCCUCAAGGUGACAGUGAAAAGUACUUAUUUGCUUAUUCGAUCCGCAUGUCCCUGGAACCUCAAGGAUGCUUGAUUGGUGGAAUGUCCUUCAGCUCUUGCCAGCUCCAUUGGAGGCACUGGAUCAUCCGUGCUAAUGAUGUUGUUGUAUCGAAUGUCAAUGGAGAGGCUGUUAUAGGACAGUAUCCACUUUUGCGUCCUGGUGCUCAAGAAUUUGUUUAUCAGAGUUGCACACCUUUACCAACACCAUCUGGUUCCAUUGAAGGUUCUUUUACAUUUAUACCUGGAAGCUUGGCAAUCCCAAAAGGAGACCCUUUUCUAGCUACAGUGGCACAAUUCCCGCUCCAGCUGCCAGAUUAUAUUUUCUGA